AUCGUUGACGCCGUUGACUAGCGCGACUACGGCCACUACGGCUGUCUGCUGUGUAAUGGUGAUAAGAGUGGAGGGGGUGAAUUAGGCCGCAUUGAAAAUUCCAACAUAAAAAUACAAGAAAAAUAAAUAUGCAUCGUGUUCGGACAGUGUUAAACAAUCUGGUGCCUUUAGCACCAUUGAUUCAUAAUGCAGUAGGACCUGAAGGAUUUGCAUCAUGGCUUCUGAGGUCUGGCAAUGCAUCUUGCACAGUGAUGGUGUCAAGUACAAGACAUUACAAUGCUCCCGUUCAAACAGAACCAUUUUUGAAUGGAAGCUCAUCUGCAUAUGUUGAAGAAAUGUACAAUGCUUGGCUUGCAGAUCCAAAAAGUGUGCAUGUGUCAUGGGAUUCAUUCUUUCGCAACAGUACGGCUGGUGCAGCCCCUGGUCAGGCAUAUCAACCCCCUCCCUCCCUGGCUGCUCCCGGCCGCAAUCAAGUUCCUGUAACAAGUAUAGCGCCAUACCUUGGGGGCUCUGGGGCUCCUGCACUUGGUGGCCAGAUAAAUGAGAAGGUCAUAGAUGAUCACCUAGCAGUACAGGCCAUUAUACGAUCAUACCAGAUUCGAGGUCAUCACAUUGCCAAGCUGGAUCCUCUGGGAAUUUCAAGUGCAGAUUUGGAUGACAAACACCCUCCAGAAUUGCUCUAUAGCCACUAUUCCUUUGGCAAGAGACCAAGUACGACAUAUUCGCAGCACCUGCAGCAGAAAGUGGCCUCUAUGAUGGAACAUGAGGCUGAUAUGGACAGGGUGUUCAAGCUCCCAUCUACAACGUUUAUUGGUGGUAAAGAAAAAGCUCUGUCAUUACGUGAGAUCUUACGGCGACUUGAGACAGCAUACUGUCGCCACAUUGGAUGUGAGUUCAUGUUUAUCAACUCACUUGAACAGUGCAACUGGAUCAGACAGAAGCUUGAAAGCCCUGGCAUCAUGGAGAUGGAUCAUGAUGAGAAGCGGCUGAUUCUUGCACGUCUUACAAGAGCCACAGGGUUUGAAAGCUUUCUUGCCCGGAAGUGGUCUAGUGAGAAGAGGUUUGGCCUUGAAGGAUGUGAGAUCCUGAUCCCGGCCAUGAAACAAGUGAUUGACAAGUCAACAGAACUUGGGGUGGAGUCUAUUGUGAUGGGUAUGCCUCAUCGUGGCCGUCUCAAUGUGUUGGCCAACGUAUGCCGUAAACCUCUGGAGCAGAUCUUCACACAGUUUGCUGCCUUGGAAGCUGCUGAUGAUGGUUCAGGUGACGUGAAAUACCAUUUGGGGACAUACAUUGAACGCUUGAAUCGUGUAACCAAUAAGAACAUUAGACUGGCUGUAGUUGCCAACCCCUCGCAUCUUGAAGCAGUGGAUCCAGUUGUUCAGGGCAAGACACGAGCAGAACAGUUCUACCGAGGAGAUGGUGAAGGCAAGAAGGUCAUGUCUCUGCUCCUUCAUGGUGAUGCAGCAUUUUGUGGGCAAGGAAUUGUGUAUGAAACUUUCCAUCUGUCUGAUCUCCCUGACUACACAACACAUGGAACUGUUCAUAUUGUUGUUAACAACCAGAUUGGAUUCACCACUGAUCCAAGACAUUCAAGAUCAUCACCAUACUGUACUGAUGUAGCCCGUGUAGUGAACGCUCCAAUAUUCCAUGUAAAUUCUGAUGAUCCUGAAUCUGUGAUGCACGUAUGUAAGAUCGCUGCUGAAUGGAGGGCUACUUUCCACAAGGAUGUUGUAAUUGACAUUGUGUGCUACCGACGCAAUGGCCACAAUGAAAUCGAUGAACCUAUGUUCACUCAGCCUCUAAUGUACCGUAAGAUAAAGAACACACCACAUGUUUUGGAUAAAUAUGCUGAAAAGCUGAUCCAAGAAGGCGUUGUUACACCAGAAGAGGUUAAGGAUGUAAAAGAGAAGUAUGAGAAGAUCUGUGAGGAGUCAUAUGUGAAUGCUCGCAAGGAGACUCACAUCAAGUACAAAGACUGGCUCGAUUCUCCAUGGUCAGGUUUCUUUGAAGGCAAGGAUCCCCUGAAAGUGUCUCCAACUGGGGUUAAAGAGGAUACUCUUGUGCACAUUGGAAAGAGAAUGUCCUCUCCACCACCAAAUGCUGCAGAAUUCAUUAUUCAUAAGGGUAUUGAACGUAUUUUGAAGUCGCGUAUGGAGAUGGUAGAAGCACGUGUUGUGGAUUGGGCUCUUGGUGAAGCAAUGGCAUUUGGCUCCUUACUGAAAGAAGGAAUUCAUGUACGCUUAAGUGGUCAGGAUGUUGAAAGAGGAACAUUCAGUCAUCGCCACCAUGUGUUGCACCAUCAGACAGUGGAUAAGGCUACAUACAGACCUCUGUGCCAUAUGUAUCCUGAUCAGGGUCCCUACACUGUGUGCAAUAGCUCAUUGUCUGAGUUUGGAGUUGUGGGUUUCGAGCUGGGAUAUUCUAUGACCAAUCCCAAUGCUCUGGUAUGCUGGGAAGCUCAGUUUGGAGAUUUUAACAAUACAGCACAAUGUAUCAUUGAUCAGUUCAUUUCAUCCGGUCAAGCCAAAUGGGUACGACAGUCUGGUCUUGUGAUGCUUCUGCCUCAUGCUUUGGAAGGCAUGGGUCCCGAACACUCUAGUGCUCGGUUGGAGAGAUUCCUGCAGAUGUCAUCUGACGACCCUGAUUACUUCCCACCAGAAAGUGAAGAAUUUGCUGUUCGACAACUGCAUGACAUCAACUGGAUUGUCGCCAACUGCUCUACACCAGCAAACUAUUUCCACAUUUUGCGUCGCCAGAUUGCUCUCCCAUUUCGCAAGCCCCUGAUCCUCAUGACACCAAAAUCCCUUCUGAGACACCCGGAAGCCAGGUCAAGUUUUGACUUGAUGACUGAAAAUACAGAAUUCCUGAGGGUGAUUCCAGAGGAAGGAGCAGCAACUGAGAACCCCAGUGGUGUGAAGAAGUUGCUAUUUUGUUCGGGCAAAGUGUAUUAUGACUUGAAGAAAGCUCGUAAUGAGAAGAAACUUGAGAAGGAUAUUGCCAUUGCAAGAGUGGAACAGAUCUCCCCAUUCCCCUAUGACUUAGUGAAGAAGGAAUGUGCGAAGUAUCCAAAUGCCGCUUUGUGUUGGGCCCAGGAAGAGGCCAAGAACCAAGGUUCCUGGACUUACGUGCAGCCUCGCUUUAACACCACGCUUAAUGGAUCACGAGACGUUAGACCCUGGAGACACCAAGAAAACAGUGAGGGUUUUUUUGGGAAGUUUUUUGGCUGGAGUUCUGGUCCUACUGAAAAUGCCACCUCCCAACUUCAAACUCCUACCUCACCACCUAGAGUGAUUAGUUAUGCUGGACGACCAACUGCUGCCUCACCAGCUACUGGCAGCAAAAUGCAGCACUUACGGGAGUUAACAGCGUUGUUGGAUGAUGCUAUGGCUGUUUGAAAAAAUUUGUAAUUGUAAUGACAGAUUGAUGACGUGGAUAUACAGUAUUCUGUUGGUCCAUACAGUUUUGGUAUCUCAGCUCUGCAGUGGCUGUCAUGGAACAAGUUCCUCCUUUAUCCUGCUGCUUUAAUGAGCUGUAUGUAGAUCAUUAACAUCAUAAUGGAAUAGUAAACUAUAUCCUGUGUCAAUCACUACACCCCAUACUUAAUAGUUUUAUCAGAUGAUAACAUCAGAGCAGUGCCUCAAAUGACCUUAUGUUUAUGUACAGUAAUGUGUAGCCCAAGCUGGGAAACACCUUGUCUGUAUGCAGGUGUGUAUUACCAUCUUUUACAGUUUGAAUUUUGUAAUGCUUCUUUUAGAACCGAGGAAGAUAUUCUUUGCUGACCAUAGUACUUAUAUUGCAAAAAAAUGUGUAUUUAUCAUGUGCUGUGUCUGAAGUUUUCUCUUAGUGUGACAGAAUUAUCUGUCUGGUGCACACAGGAAAGAAGCUUCACGAUGCUGUAUAAAGAUGCAAAGAAUUCAUUUACCCAUGUCACACAUGUGGUAUUGGUACUGUGAAUUUAACAUUGUAGUGUAGAAGUAUAUCUUAAUUGUAUAAAGUAUUCAGAAUUUAAUCUUAUUGCAUUGUUGUUGUGACAGUUGUAGCUUGCACUUUAAUGGCAGUUGGUUGGUUGAGGGAUUGUAAAUAGAUUUGCUUUGUUUCCACUUCACCACCAUGUGCAUGAAAUAGAUGUAUCUGGGCUGCAUAUCUUAGCAGUUUAUACAGCAUUUUGUAAGACCACCGAUGCCAAUACAUGGCAAUGACUAAAGGCUUAAAUUACACACCUGUCAUCAGGGCACUCACCCUGUGAUUUAACACAAAGGUAGUACAGGAUUAUGUAAACGUGUAACGGUUUUCUGACGUAUUUAAUUGCAAUCCAGUAAGAUAUUAAAGAGAUGCCUUUUAUUUUUUUGUGUUUUAAGGUCAUGUAUAUUAUUAUUCACAAUAUGAAAUGUUUAAAUGUAAUUAUUGUACAUAAAGAAGUAACUACCAAAGUGCUUCAGAGAGAAUUUAAUACUCUGUUAUUGUUAUACCUGAGGACGAACCUGGUUUCAUCAUCUCCAGUUGGUGACAUACCUUUAUGUCAUCCUUAGAAAGUUACUAGAUUCUAUUUUCAACAUACUUCUGAUAUUCAUGUGCUAGUGGGAAAUUCAAACAUGUGAGUUAAUACUUUUCCCACUAGAUGUCAGAGGGUAUGUUUUAAUGAAGUAAAUGCACUGUGUGUACAGUAUCAUGAAACUAUAUUAAUAUACCAUAUCACUUCUGUUGGGAACACUGUUGUUUUUCUUGGAAAUAAUACUUUUCUAAUAUGUUCAA